AACUACAGUGAUUUUUAAAAUAAAACCUAAAUACAGAAUUCUGUCUACUAUCUGUUUCAAAGGAAGACUAAUGAAUAAAUGUAGGCAUUGUAGUUCAGUGAAUCUUUCUAUGCAUAAAGCUAUUGGAUUAAGAAAUUAACACAUCGAUAUCAGAUUGGUUGGCAUAUGAAAGUCUGCUUAGAGUUUUAUAAUAUUUGUCUUCUAAAAGCUGUGCAUUUUACUUUGUAGAACUGACUUUAGGAAAUAACUAAAGUCAUUUAUAAGGUGGGAAGCUUUCACAGUUGGCCUUUAAACACCUGACUUUGGGGGGAGAAAAAAAGAAAAAGAACAGGAAAAAGUUCUGAGUCUUAGAUCUUUACCUUAGAGUAUGUGUUAACUUAGAUCUUUCUGUAGACUUAUCCUGGCAAAAUAGCAAAGGAAGUUCUAUCUUUGAUUCAAUCAUCUAAGCUGGUUUCCAUGCUUGUCACACCCACUGCGUAAAUACUGACUUCUGUCCUGGUGGGUAUGACAUGCUCUUAAUCCUUUGAUCCUCCCCUUUUAGAAUGUACUCAGACCAUUCUGGUCUCUAGAGGCUCUGAUCUCUAUUCAGCAGCUCAUUAACUAAUCUUUUCUGAAGUGAUGGCUUUCGGAGAUGACAAGUCUUUCUUCCACCUCUCUUUCCCAAUAAGCAGGGAACAUGGGUACCAUGGCCUGGCUGAAAUGCCAGGUCCUGGGAAGCUUGGCCAGUGCAGAAUUCAGAGCUCAGGAAGAUGAUCUAGCAAGCAACAUUUUGGGGAGAAAUAAACAUCAAUGAACCUGGAUUAUUUCUUUACAAGGACUAGGCAGAGAGGAGAAUCCAGGUGUGGAGCAAUGGGAAAAGCAGAGAAAAACCUGAGGGAUGGAAAUGGAAGACUAGAGGUGGAAGUCCUUGAGUGGGCCAUUGAUUCAACAUCAGGUUUUUAUAGAGCGCCAACUGUGGCUAGGGAGAGAACUCUUAAGGGCGAAAACUACUUGCGCACUUCUUAACCUGCUUCAGGUCCCCAUACGGAAUGGCGUUUUAGCACCAUUUGCCAUAUUGCUGUUGGUUAAGAGGAAAUUUUGCUGCCCAAGGUAAAACAAGAGGUAAGCAGUAGGCUAGUGGAAGCCUGGUGAUGAGCUGGAGACUGGGUGGGGAGGGGGUAGAGUGUUUCCUAAGAGGACCAGGACAGGAAUUAAGCUAAGACAGGUUCAUAAACUUCCAAUUUGGAGAGGUUAAUCCUCCUUGAAUUUGAUGUGUCUGUGAGUGGCAUUUGUCAGAACUGAGUGUGCCCAUAUUGUGCUGGAUAACGUAGUGUAAUGCCCAAGAAUAGCAUUAAUUUCAUUAGUUAUAUUUCCUCAUUACAAUUUUUUUCUCUACCAUCUGCAUUUCCUCCUCUUACCCCUUGCAGGUUCCCACAAUCACCUCUUGUAAAACCCUUUGCCCACCCCUCGUGGUCUCUUUUGUUCUCACAACCAUGGGAACCCUGUUCCUGUCCUCCAAACAGAGCUUGGCGGCUUUUACUGAAAACACUUGAUUUUUUGUUUUUGUGAGAUUUUUUUGUUUUGUUUUUUUCCCUUCAAAUGUUAAGGUUAAAGUCCCCACCCCCACCCCAAACAGUGUUUUGUAAUUAGAAAUUGCCUUUAGUUUCCCAUGCUCUUGUUUUAUAUCUCAUGUAUCUUUUAGGCUACUUGAACUCACACCUGUCUUGCGUUGGGUCAGCUCAGAGUCUCAAAUAGACUAAGAAAAAAGUGGCCUUAGAUAAUGUCAUUUAAAAAAGGAAAAAUUGUCUUACGAUAUUCACAUAUUCUACCUUGUGACUGGCUGCUGAAGACAUUUAGUAGAAAACAUUAUGGGUGAAUUGUGUCAAGGCUUGACUAAAUUACUUGAUUAGCUGGAAGUUAUUUCUCCACCCCCUCUGUCUCCCUAGGAAAGGUGACUUUUAGCAAGCACCUGGCUUAUGAAAAUAUUUCCUGGCUUUCUAUACUUAUCGGUAGAGCAUUAGAAUGUUUGCAGGUCAUUUGAAGUUACCCGUAAAAUUAUACUUUGCAGCCUAAAGGAAACUGCUUUCUUUUUUAAUUGUCCUACUGUUAGUAUUCCCUGGCAUUACUUUAUAAAUAUCUUCUGCCUUUUUAUUUUCCCACAUAAAUACAGAUAUUAUUUCACUUGUAACAUUUUCUUCCAGUGUUUGUCUGUGGCCUCUCUUUUGCUGGCUGGUGGAAGGUUGGAUUUACACCCCUACAACCCCACUGAGAUAUAAGAUGAUUUCUCUACCUUAUUGCAGUAGAUAAUCAGAAAGAACCAAGAAGAGUUGAAUAAUAAUGCCCAUGCUACUUCUACAAUAGUUUCCAUGUAUUUAGCUCUAGUUAUUAUCAAAAGGUUUUUUUAAAGUCCAGUUUUGCCUUGUGUCCAUAUUUUUAUUAGCAUAGAAAAGUUGAUGUUAAGAUAUAUAUAUAUAAAAGUCCUACUAGAGGGCAAGAGAUUUGCCAUAGGAAAUAAGCAAAACUGAUAUUCAGUACUAUUAUAUUUAGCACUAUUCUAACAUUAAAUUUAAAAAUAUUGUUAAUCAUUUUAUGUUGUGUGCACAGAUAUUUGUUAGUGCUUAUAUCAUGGCCGGCAUUAUGAAUCAAUAGCAACAUUUUUUUUAUGAAUGAAAGGAAUCAGAAUAUUAUGAUUUUUAAAUCUGUAGUCAGGCAGCACCCAAAAUAAAAUUCCUGGCUGACAUUUAAAUACUUUUCCUGGAUCUCAGAUCUUGAAGUAUAUUGUUCAGUCUUGUAUAAAAGAGAAUUUGCAUCUUGGUGCAAAUUUGUCUCUUUGUGUUAAUCCAUAUUUAAGGCAUAUUGGUAAAUUAUAAUAAUGAGAUUCUGAAUUAAUAAAAAUUAUGAUGAGGGCUUUUGAGUGACAAGUUCACAAAUGUGAGGGGAGGUGGAAAGACCUUUGGUCUUCAUUAGUGAGUCUUUCUUCUUUUCACCUCUGAAAAUGUGUGGAGAAUUUGCUAGAUUCCUCAGAAGGAAAGCAGGAGCACUGCUUUGAAACCAAAAAGGCAAAAAAUUUGAUUUGCCAAGAGCAAUAGAAAUACAUGGAUAAAAGGUUGACAAAAUUUGGGGAUGGUAAUAACUACCUUUGAAGCCAUCAGUUGUGAGGAAGUUGGGCUCCCUCAGAGGAAGAACAGCCUUAAUAAUGGACCAGAGAGUAGGCCUCAGGCAAGCCCAGGAGGACUGUGAGAAAUAGAGCAAGGGGGAGGGAGGGAUUCCUUGAAGGGCAUUUUAGACUGUUUGUGCUGCUGUAACAAAGUAACCAUAAACUGAGCGGCUUAUAAACAAUGUAAAUCUAUUUCUCACAGUUCUGGAUGCUGGGAAGUCCAAAAUGAAGGCGCUGGCAGUUUUGGUGUCUGGUGAGGGUCCACUUUCUCAUAGAUGGUGCCUUCUUGCUGUGGCCUCACAUGUUGGAAGAGGCGAGGCAGCUCUGUGGGGCAUCCUUUAUAAGGGCACGAAUCCCCUCCCCAAAGGCCUCACUCGCUAGUACUAUUACUUUGAAAGUUAGGAUUUCAACUUACGAAUUUUGGAGGGACACAAGCACUCGGACUAUAGCAAGGGGCUAUGGAGGUAACCUCAAUAGUGUUCUCAAUCUAGGAAAAUGAUCGCGUAGGGGCUGAGUUGAGCGUGAGUGGAUAGCAGUGGCAGUGACAGCCAGAGAGGAAGUGAAAUUCUUCCUGGGGAGGGAGCGGUGAGCCACAACAGCUGGGCCUGACAUUAGGGACCAUGCUAACGCAGAGGUCGUGACCCCAAGACCCGUAUUGGAGCGUUGUCUGGUCCACUAGUUCAGUGAGAGUGAAGAACUGGAAAAUUCCACUCAUAACUGGUAUUGGUGUCUUUUAUCAUCUACCUCACACUCAGGGUUUGAAGGGCUUAGUUGAACAGAUAUCUCUGAUAAGGUACCCAGCAUAGAGUAAGGCAGUCAAUAAAUAUUUGUUUGUUUUAGAGAUUGAGGUGACAGAAUGGAACUGUGGAAUGUGUGCCUAAUAAACUGUUAGCCAAAGCUUGUUUGUAAUUUAAUAUUAGGUACAAUCUGAUAUGAAAUCGGCCCUUCCUUUUGUAUGUUUCCCCACCCUUUAGGAAACCUGCUUUUAGAAUCAACAUCCAAAGUAGAGUCCCAGAGACAUAGAAAAAUUACCUUGUUAAUAUUAGGGUUCUCUGAUAACUGAUUUCUUUACUGCUUGCUUUUCAUGUCUCUAUCUUAUUUCUUUGUAGUUUUGUGCCAUUAAAUAAAAAACACCUUAGAAAUUAAGAGGUGGUUAUUUUGGAGGCAGCAAUAAUUCCAUAAUUAACGAUUGAACAGUUCACAAACAUCUGUUACAGCAAGCCUUUUGCUUGAACCCAGGGAUGCCAAGAUGGAAAAAAAAGCAACAUGGAUUGUUGCCCCAAGGAAUGGUGGAGACACAAGCGUGGGCAGAUCAUCACAGUACAGGAUGUGGUCAGGGCUGUGGGGAGGCUGUAGAAGCGAGGUUAUUCCAAUCCCCACAGAGAAAGGUACCGAGAUACGAAAUUGAGUAAUGACAGCUGGAAGACAGUUCAAACUGGACAGCCGGCGCUCAGAAUGCAAAGUAGCUACUGGUGUUUAAUUUCCAGGUGGCUCUACAGCUGGCCAAAGCAAGAGCAAGGUAGGGUCCUGGAGAAAGAACAGCAGGUCCAGGGUGUCACGUGAAUACAAGCCAUGGAGACAGGUGAUUGAAUGAAGUGGAUAUGCCAACUCAGUUUGCUGUGCUUUGACAUAAAACCUGAGGAUCCUGGAAUGUUGGUUCAAAGUUCCACUACAGAUACUGUCCUUCUGCUCUUGAAAGAUGAUCUCGACAUUAGGAUCACGGGUGGUUCCCUUUUGGCUACUUGUGGAGGCGUGCCUUCAACUGAGGAGGGAGAACUAUCUCUUGAGAGAGAUGUGGCAAGAUCAGAAACAAAGCGGAUCUCACUUCUACCCAGAAGCAGAGCUCUAAAACGAGAAAGGCCUACAUCUGGUGGCCAGUGAUGGCCUCCAGCUGUCGCUUUUAUGUUCCCUGUGUCUGGACCUCAGACAGAAUCGCAGAUAUGGCCAAUACACAAUGAACCAGGAAUGCACCACCAAAGUUACGGAGAAGCCUCCAUUUAAUCGAUCCAUUUCCCAGGAUUCUUUGGAUGAACUAACUAUGGAGGACUACUGGACAGAGAUAGAAAACAUCAAGAAAUCCAGUGAAAACAGGCAAGAAGAUCAAGAGGUGGUUGUUGUCAAAGAGCCUGAUGAAGGAGAAAUGGAAGAAGAGUGGCUUAAAGAGGCUGGUUUGUCGAAUCUCUUCGGAGAAUCUGCUGGUGAUUCCCAAGAAAGCAUGGUGUUUUUAUCAACACUGACCCGGACCCAGGCAGCAGCUGUUCAGAAACGAGUAGAGACAGUCUCUCAGACCUUGAGGAAAAAAAACAAACAACACCAGAUUCCUGACGUCAGAGACAUAUUUGCUCAACAGACAGAGUCAAAAGACAAAGCUCCAGAUGGCCCUGAAUCGCAAUCAGUCAGUACAAAUGAAAACAAAUACCAAGGAAGAGAUGACCAGGCCUCCAGCCUCAUGGUUGGUGAAGAAAAGCUGAUGGCACCUGAGGAUGCACCUGCCUCCGAAACAGACAUCAAUCUGGAGGUGUCAUUUGCUGAGCAAGCGGUCAGUCAGAAAGAGACCUCCAAGGAGAAGACUCAGAAGAACACAGACAACGAUACCUUGUCACCUAGUUUCAGAUUGCCAAAAGACAAAACAGGCACCACAAGGAUUGGUGACCUCGCGCCCCAGGACAUGAAGAAAGUUUGCCAUUUAGCCCUAAUUGAGUUGACUGCCCUCUACGAUGUGUUGGGUAUUGAACUGAAACAACAAAAAGCUGUGAAAAUCAAAAUGAAAGAUUCUGGUCUUUUUGGUGUUCCAUUGACAGUAUUGUUAGAACAAGAUCAGAGGAAAGUACCAGGAACUCGAAUACCCCUGAUCUUUCAAAAACUGAUUUCUCGAAUUGAAGAGGGAGGUUUGGGAACCGAAGGCCUCUUACGAAUACCUGGAGCUGCUAUGAGAAUCAAGAAUCUUUGCCAAGAACUAGAAGCAAAGUUUUAUGAAGGGACUUUUAAUUGGGAAAGUGUCAAACAGCACGACGCAGCCAGCCUGCUGAAGUUGUUCAUCCGGAACCUGCCCCAGCCAUUGCUCAGUGUGGAGUAUCUCAAAGCCUUCCAGGCUGUCCAGAAUCUUGCAACCAAGAAGCAACAACUACAGGCUUUGAACCUUCUUGUCAUCCUCCUACCUGAUGCAAACAGGGACACGCUGAAGGCCCUGCUUGAAUUUCUCCAAAGAGUAGUAGAUAAUAAAGAGAAGAAUAAAAUGAAUGUCAAGAACGUAGCCAUGGUCAUGGCCCCUAAUCUCUUUAUGUGUCAUGCAUUGGGUUUGAAGUCCAGUGAACAGCGAGAAUUUGUAAUGGCCACUGGAACAGCAAAUAUCAUACACUUGUUGAUUAGGUAUCAAAAACUUCUGUGGACAAUUCCCAAGUUUAUUGUCAACCAGGUGAGGAAGCAAAACACUGAAAAUCAUAGAAAGGAUAAAAAGGCCAUGAAGAAACUGCUGAAGAAAAUGGCUUAUGACCGAGAAAAAUAUGAAAAGCAAGAUAAGAAUACAAAUGAUGCUGACGUUCCUCAGGGAGUGAUUCGAGUGCAAGCUCCCCAUCUUUCGAAAGUUUCCAUGGCAAUACAGCUAACUGAAGAACUAAAAGCCAGUGAUGUACUUGCCAGGUUUCUCAGCCAAGAAAGGGAUGAUGUCCCGUCCUCUCCCAGAUGUGUACCUGAAGAUCUAGCCAGACUUCAGAUUGGGGUUGCCCAGACACUCAAGAAAGGGGAAGUUUUUUUGUAUGAAAUUGGAGGAAAUAUUGGGGAACGCUGCCUGGAUGACGACACUUACAUGAAGGACUUAUAUCAGCUCAAUCCAAAUGCUGAAUGGGUUAUAAAGUCAAAGCCAUCGUAGAAGGCUUAACAAGCUGCAGAUAACUACCGUGGGGACUUCUGUAAUACUUCUUGCUGAGUCAAGAGUGUAAAUAAAAGAAAUGGCAGUACUCUCCUUCAACUGUACCCAACUAUUAAAAAAUGACACUCUCAAGCCUUAAAAAGUCAUAGAUUUAUGCUGCUGCCAGAAUUUUGUUAAUUGUUAUUAAUAUUAUUAUAAAACAAAUAUUUCUGGAGUGGGAGGAAAGAGGCUUAACUUAUGUGCUAUUUUUAUAUUCUCUGUGAAAUGUGUCCAGAUAUGACAUAGUUUUUUUUUUUUUUUCAGUAUGAAAAUAUAUUCUCUUCCCACUCACUGUUUCCUCCUAAAAUCAUAUGUACUAUAAAUAUAUGCUUUCUCCCCUUUAUUACCUCCUCACCUCUGCCUUCCCCCAGUUAGGUUUGCUUUUUAACCAAAAAGAUAAAUACCAGAUCUGGCAAGUUGUGAAGAUAGCACAUAUUAAAACAUACCUAAUUUCAGAGUAUUCCUGUCACUGGAAUGUUAGUAUUCAUCUCUUUGAAUCAUUUGUUUAAAUAAUAACAUUCUGUUUCUUCCUGCUGUAUCACAUGAGGUGAUUUGCAUUUUUUUCAGUUCAUCUGACAUAUGUGCACAGAACUGUAUCCACAAUCAAGAAAAUAGGACUGUCAGAAGCUGCCAGUUACUACUGAACCAUUAAAUACUUAUAUACGAAGAAUAAAUAAAAUAUACCCAUGUGAAAUAACUGGAUUAUGGAUAAAAAGAGAGUGAAAGUUAAAUCACUUUGUGCAUGCUAUACUCUUCCAAACGGAAUUGAAAAAGUUAUCUCUGGCUUUACCUGUUGUCAUAUGAGAAUUAUAAAUAUGCAUGAUAGCAUAAUCCAGUAAUGGUUGAAGAAUGUAUUCUACUUAAAGAGGGUUUUUUUGUUUUUGUUUUUGUUUUUUUUUCUUUUUUACUCCUGAAUGAGUCUACUGGAAGAGUUAUUCUUCUGGGUAUGACACAGUCAUGUGAACAAGCUUUUCUUUGUGUACUUAUUUUAAAUAAUCAGAGUCAAUUUAUUAAGAUGUUGUGGAAAGUACUGUUCCCAGGGAUUUUAAUGCACACACCAUAUUGUGACAAGAGAUGAGCCUCCGUACUGUAAAUAAUAGAAGUAAGAGAGAAAUGUUAAAUAUUUUAUGAGUUUAGAGUGUAGUAAAUAAAAGGUGAUGUACGUGAAUGCUGCACAAACCAUGUUUAUGAUACUUUUAGUAGUACUUUAGGAAAAAUUACACAUUCUCAGAAGCUCUUGAUGUUAGUCUAAUUAGGAGAGAAAAUGCUGUUAAUGAGAAUAGUCAUAUAUUUUUAGCAUAUAGUUACAAGAGCAGCCUGUGGAUAUGAUCACUUAAAUAAUUUUGUGGUGAUUUGUGCCAUUGCUUUUUUAUUUAAAAAUAAAUUUUGUAAUUAAAUGCCUUUUUCAAAAUUAUCUUCUCUUGGAAUCAUUGCUUUUAAUCUUAUGUGUUCAUGAGUCUAUUUUUUCUUUUUCUUUUUUUCAUUAAUAUUUUUAGUUCACAAAUGGACUGUUUUUGUUGUUAAAAGUCAUUUCUAGUCUUUUAUUUCUUCUAUUGCUCUUGUAUUUUUAAAGUGGAAAUGCAUGUGGGAGUUAUAAACGUUCCUUCCCUAGUUUUUUCCUUAUGCAAGUUUCUAUUUGUUAGGACUUUCAAAACACAGUUUGUUGUUUCUGGUUUUGACAAUGUGUAUUAAUUUUGCAAUUAGCAAAAUGAUGCUUUAUUAAUGGUGUGAUGAAAACAUUAUAAAAGAAAAAUUAAGUGCUUAAAACAUUUUAGGAGUGUACAACUUCACAAAAGACAGCAGUGAAUAUGAUGAUUUAAAUAAAAAGUUUUCUAAAGCAUAUGUCAACUAAUUUCACCACACCUACUGCCUACCUGGAAGGGGGUGGGGAGACAUAAGAGGUUUUUGAUUAUGACCAAGUACCAGAUCUUGGUAAAGAAAAAUGAAAAUGUCAUUUUGAGUCCUUUUUAGAACUCAUGACUCAAGUUCAUUGACAUUGAAACAAUAUUGCAUUUAAAUACCAAAAAAAAAAAUCACUUCUAAAGAGGAAAGAAAAUUUGAUAGUGUAGAGCCUCGAAUAUAAAUGUCCUGGUAUUAAUCCAAAUGCUUUUGCUAUGAUUAUUUUUUUCUUGUGAAUUUUAAAUCUCAGGAUAGAUUUUUUAAAGUUUACUUUUGUGUGAGAGAAAAUAAAAACAAAUAUAUUUGCUCUGAGUCACAAACAUUUUAACUCAUAAGGCAGUUGCUGAUGAACAGUGAAAAGAGUUGGGAUUUAUAAAAGACUGGUUGCCCAGUUAACAUAUUUGUGAUGCUUCCUCUUUUCUGAAAGGGGUCAUUAUAAUUCUUUGCAUUUACCCAGUCUUUGCUUAAUGCUGCUGUACAAUUCAAUGUCAAUUCUUUGAGAAAAGCGGUUUAUUUUAUUGACUUCAUGGGAUUUUUCAUUGUUUGUUUUCCUAGUUUUCAUUAAACCGUUUGCAUUUUCUA